UCGUUGGCAGAAGUUUUUCGACGCUUUGAUCGAUUAGAGUUCCGGCGUCACUCUUGCCAAAUGUGUGUUGUGAGGGCUUAGGUUUCCGUUUUGGGUAUGUGUGGGUGUGUGUUAAGUGGGGUUCGAUCUGUGCGGCGAGAGGGAAAUCAAUGGGAGUUUAAUAUUGUCCACGCCAAGGCCAGAUGUUUUCAAACGAAAUUGUGAAUCUCGAGUUUUAUGGCUGCUUCUCUUCUCCCUUGAUUGGCCUCUUAGGCACGUACAUCGUUAUUGAGGACAGUGCUUGGAAUGGCAUUGUUUGUUUCCACUGGUUGCUUCAUUCAUGUCGAUCAGCCCCCGCUUGGAUUUCUGCCCCAUUCUAGCCCCAUUCAGUCAUGUGAUAGUACCACCAACCUGCACCUGUACAAGGGACCUCAAAGACGAACUCAACGUUCAUUUUCACAUUAUACACGAGCAUCAGAAAUUAUGCCACUUGUUGCUGUUCAAAGAAAGGGUCGAUCAUCUCUUGCUCCGUCUGCUGUUGUACGUCAUUUGACUGGUUCAGUGACAAGAACCCAAGGACUUCGUUUUGCUGUGGUUGUUGCCCGGUUUAAUGAAAUUGUCACUAAGCAGCUCUUGGAGGGAGCUCUGAAUACUUUGAAGAAUUAUUCGGUUGAAGAUGAGGAUAUUGAUGUUGUGUGGGUUCCAGGUUGUUUUGAGAUUGGUGUUGUUGCAGAAAGAAUGGGUAAAUCACAAAAAUAUAAUGCAAUCUUAUGCAUAGGAGCUGUGAUAAGAGGUGAUACUACCCACUAUGAUGCAGUUGCAAAUUUGACAGGAUCUGGUGUGCUUUCAGCUGGUCUACAUUCAGGAGUUCCCUGCAUAUUUGGUGUCCUGACCUGUGAAAAUAUGGAUCAAGCUCUGAAUCGAGCUGGUGGUAAAUCUGGAAAUAAGGGAGCAGAGGCUGCAUUAACAGCUAUUGAGAUGGCUUCUUUAAUGGAACACCAUUUGAAGUAGUGCUUGCACCAUCCAAACAACAAGUGGAAAGAAUUUCUAAAGUUCAGGGAUGGCGAAUGUGUAAGCUAAUUGGUCAUUAUAAUAAUAAAGGAAACCAUUGGACACAGCCGUGGAAUGGCGAGAAAUGAGACAAGCUUGUUUAAAGCCCUGUAGAAUAUUUUCAA